ACUGCAAUGGCAGUCGUCAGAUGCCAUAGUAUACCUGUUCCAUUUUGUUGUGCUGGUCGUAUGCAACAGUUUUGCCGUUCAUUCCACUAAGUGAUUUCAGUAGUUCGUCACCCGUUUUUAAAUAUGUGUUGUAUCUGUACAGAAUUUUAGUGCGAAAUUAAAUUCAAAUAUUAUUUAUGCAUGCGUAUAGAAUAAAUAAUUAAUUCGUGUGUUUGUGUGAUAUUCGUGUUUAUAUGGUGACAAUGAUGAAGACUUCAAUGUUAUACUACAUUCAUAUCAGGUACAUAGAUUACAAUAAAUUCCUACAAUAAUAUAAUAUAUUGCAAUGGACAAUUGGAAUUGUACGGAUGUGUGAUUGAUUACCCAGAUGUCUAGCGCCAAUCAGUUCAUGGUUAACAAUAAGAUGAAGCUUCGAGUAUAGAACUUCGUAAUUGAAGAGAACAAUUGAAAAUAGCGUAGCUAAGUCAAUUUAUUUGAAACGGUGAAGAAAUAUGUGAUACCUGCAGGCGAACGUUGAGAGUGAAGUAUGACGCACGCGGGCCGUUUAUCGCCGGUAAUAUGCCCGUUAGCAAAGCUGGGACGGUCGUCUCCUGGUUCUCUGGAGUUUACACCGUCCGUUCGGAACGCGCCGUUUCACCACCCGUACACGGUGCUAGAAGCCGAGACUAGCUUCACGUACAGCCCGACAUUACGGUGCAGUUCGCCGUGUUUGGACCAAGGUUACCAUACGUUAGUGACCGGCGGUGGUGUCGGCGAUUGCGCCAAUCUGCCACUGCACUCUACAGCCACCAAGCACCGGCGGUCGCAGUCGCGGACGGUCAUCGGUUCGAACUUCGAUCGGCUUCGAGAUGAAUUGGUGCUCAAGGUAUUCUCGUACCUCAACAGCGCGGACCUUUGCGCGUGCGCGGCUGUGUGCCACAGAUGGGAGAACCUCGCGUGGGAGCCUGUUCUGUGGCGGACGAUCGCGCUGUGCGGCGAGAACACCUGCGGCGACAAGGCGGUCAGGUGCGUGUUGCGCCGGCUGUGCGGUCGUACCAGAACUGGCGCGUGUCCCGAGGUGCAGAGGUUGUUCCUCAGUGACGGCACCAAGAUAUCCGACAAGGGAUUGACGGCGUUGGCAAGGCGGUGUCCCGAGCUCACGCACGUCCAGCUCCACGGCAGUCCGAACAUCACUAACGCGGCCAUCUCCGAGUUGGUCGCCCGCUGCCCUAACUUACAGCACCUGGACGUCACCGGUUGUGUUAAGGUAAGCACCGUUGGAGUAUAUAGUCGUCCGGAGCCAUCGCUGAGAUUGUGCCUGCAGUAUUUGGACUUAACUGACUGCCAGCUUGUCGACGAUGCAAAUCUAUGUGUGAUCGUUAGUAAUUGUCCACAACUAGCCUACUUGUACCUGCGGCGUUGCACUAAAGUAACAGACGCCGGUAUCAAGUUCGUGCCGAGUUUCUGUUCGGCGCUGAAGGAACUGAGCGUUUCGGACUGUCACCAGGUGACCGAUUUUGGACUGUACGAGCUAGCCAAACUGGGCGCGCUACUACGGUACCUGUCGGUGGCCAAGUGCGAUCAAGUGAGCGAUGCGGGGCUGAAGGUGAUAGCGCGCCGAUGCUACAAACUGCGGUAUCUGAACGUGCGCGGCUGCGAGGCGGUCAGCGACGAUGCCAUCACGGUGCUAGCGCGGUCGUGCGCCCGGCUCCGCGCGCUUGACAUCGGCAAGUGCGAUGUGAGUGACGCGGGCCUCCGGGCGCUGGCCGAGAGCUGUCCCAACCUGAAGAAGCUCAGCCUCCGCAACUGUGACCUGGUCACCGAUCGUGGCAUACAGCUGAUUGCGUACUAUUGUCGGGGGCUGCAGCAGCUCAACAUACAAGACUGUCAGAUAUCCGCGGACGGGUACAAGGCCGUGAAGAAGUACUGCAAGCGGUGCAUCAUCGAACACACCAAUCCUGGUUUCUUCUGAACGGCCACGUUGUAUAUACUUAGGUGGUAUGCUAAGUGAAUAGUGAUCAAUUUAACGUAAGACACUCAUUAUUGAAACUUCUAUUAACUUUAAUGAAAAUAUUAUUUUUCCCAUAAUUUUAAGUCGUUAAAAAAAAUAUAUUUAUAUAAUUUUCCAUCGUUAUCGUUUUAAAUGAAAACAUACAUUUUUUUUUUAUUUCAUAUUCCAAAAUAGAAUUUUAUUCUGAAUAUUUCAAUCUAUAAAUAUCAAUUUUUGAGCGAGUAGUUUAUUAGUUAUAAAUACGAUUAGAUAAGUAGAAUAGAGGACACUCCGUUCAUCUAAACUUUAAAUAGGUACCUACUUAUUAGAUCACUUUACUUACUGGCAACUGCUGUAUACUUACUAAACUUUAUACUAACUUAUAAACUACUCGUCUUAAAUUUGAUUUUUGUAUAUUUAAGUACUCUAAGAAAUAAUUUGCUUUAUAAUAAAGAAUUAAGAAUAAAUGUUGUGUAGUAGUAUUAAAAAAAAUUUUAAAAAAAUUCAAAGUAUUAAUAAUUUUUUAAAUAACGAGCGUUUUAUAAUAAAUGGAUCAACCAUCAAGGCAUCAACCGAUAUUCUUGGGUCGUAUACGGCGUCGCGGUUCGGUAAAGUAUUACAUAUAUGACGUAUGUGUGUGUCUCACAACGAAUAGAAUAAUUAUAAAAGUUCUAAAAAGUAAUACGUAAGUCGGCGUGGGAUGCAACUUGCAAAUAGUCUGAAUUAUCUAGGACCCUUUGAGGUCAGGUUACUCAUGCAAUGUAAAACCUAUCGACCUUCAAAAUACCGUAAGACGAAAAAAUUAUUUUAAAUUUGAAUUUUUCUCUUUUUUGCAUUUAUGCCAGCGAAUAUUAUAUCAAUAUUAUAUUUUCAAUCAUCGUCACUUACGCCGAUACGUUCAUAUUAUUUAGUUAUCCAUCUGUUUAAAUGGCGAUCAAACCUUAUCGCUGUCACUGCCCAUAUACAUUACUAUUAUUUAUUAAACUUUCUUGAUAGGAGGUACCUAUGAAAAAAAACUUAUACUCAAAUCGUAAGUUUGUAGUUUUUUUAAAAAAAUUCUAAUUUCUAUAUCAAUUGUGCACCUAUCUAAUAUCGAUGUGACUGAUGUCUGUUAUAACUCUUAUUUCUUAACAUAGGUACCAAAAAUAAAUUGAAUUGACUUUCUAACUUCUUCUAUUUCAUGUUUUCAGAGAUUAAAUAUUUUCUGUGCCUCAAUAAAAUUUUAAAUUAUUGUAAUUAUUAUUUAUUUUUUAAUGAGAUUUGUUCGUAAAAAUCCACGUUUUACAAAUCCAGUAACUUUUAUUUUAAUAAUUAUUACCUACCGUAUGGCUGUACAAUUAUUAUCAUAUAAGUAGUAAUUUGUUACUAUUGAUUAACUUAAUCUAAUUAGUUAUCAUCAAAUACUACUUUAAAAUGCAAAUUAUAAUAUGCAUUUACAUUUACAUAAUUGUAAGAAUAAGUAAAAAUAAAAAAAACAUUGAUUUAUCAAGAUAUUGCAUGUUACCACAAAAAAAAUUAUAAAUAUAUUUGAUCGAGAAUUAUAAUUAACCAUCGGUGUGUUUCAAAAUCAUAUUAACUGAUAACUACACUAAAAUUAAAUGUAAAUAUCUGUAUAAAAUGUAUAAAUUAAAUGUUGAAGUAUGGUUAUCAAUUGAUAUUGUAACAUAUUAUUGUAGUAUUAUUAAUCUUUAUUUUCAAUCAUAAUUGAAGUGCCAUCUAAUUUGUCUAAAUGUUGCCAUUCGACUUUCGAAGAAGAAAAAUACACUACUUAUUAUUUUAAUAUAUUUUUAUUAGAAUGUUAUUUUAAGUGGCCAACAUAAUAUUAAAUGACAUUUUUUCAUUUUAUUAGACGACUGUGUUUAUUUAUAAGUCUGAUCACAAUUUAAAACUUUUAUAGUUUAUAUAUUAUAAUGUUGUCUGGUUAGUAUUUAAAUUAUUAUACUGUAAGUGCUUCAUUAUGUAAUGAAGUAUUCAUUUUAAAAUAGAAUACAUUAUAUAAAUAUAUGUAAAAACAUUUUUGAUAGUGUACAAAACUGCUUGUAUACAUUUUAAAUAAUUGUAUGUUUAUAAUAACAAAGUUUCAACUGUUUUUGUUUUAA